CUCUCUCUCCGUAUCGACUCGGAAAGAGUGCAAUCGGUCCGACUCUCUCUCUCUCUCUCUCUCUCUCUCUCUCUCUCUCUCUCUCCAUAUCGAAUCGACUCGGAACGAGUGGAAUCCAUCCGAUUCCAUCCCUGAGAGAAGAACCACUCAUGGAGUUCCUCGACCGAGGGAUGGAACUGAAGGAGAUACAGAAGCUGGAAGGCCACACCGAUAGGGUUUGGGGGCUGGCGUGGAAUCCGGCGACGGGAGCUGCUGGGAUUCCGUCGAUGCUGGCUUCUUGCAGCGGCGAUAAGACGGUCAGAAUCUGGCAGCAGAAUCUCUCCGCCAUGAAAUCAGAUGCAUGGGAAUGCAAGGCUGUUUUGGAAGAAACACAUACCCGGACUGUCAGGUCUUGUGCUUGGUCACCAUCAGGGAAGCAAUUGGCUACGGCAAGUUUCGACGCUACCAUUGCAAUUUGGGAGAAUGUUGGAAAUGAUUUUGAAUGUGUUGCAUCCUUGGAGGGUCAUGAAAAUGAAGUCAAAAGUGUAUCAUGGAAUUCAUCUGGUUCUCUACUGGCCACUUGUGGCCGAGAUAAAUCUGUUUGGAUAUGGGAAGUGCAGCUAGGGAAUGAAUUUGAGUGUGUUUCGGUGUUGCAAGGACAUACGCAGGAUGUGAAGAUGGUGCAAUGGCACCCAUUUUUGGAUGUUUUGGUUUCUGUCAGUUAUGACAACUCUGUUAAGGUUUGGGCAGAGGAUGGCGACAGCGAUGACUGGCACUGUGUUCAAACGUUAGGUGAAUCUAGCAGUGGACAUUCAUCUACAGUAUGGGCACUAUCUUUCAACUCUACGGGGGAUAGAAUGGUUACUUGUAGUGAUGAUCUUACUCUAAAGAUAUGGGACACAAGCAACAAUCCUACCCAGACAAGCGGUGAUGGUUAUGGACACUGGAGACAUCUUUGCACUCUCUCGGGAUAUCAUGACCGGACUAUAUUCUCAGUUCAUUGGUCAAGGGAAGGUGUAAUUGCUAGCGGAGCAGCCGAUGAUGCUAUACGUCUUUUCGUCGAGAGCAAAGAUGACUUGGUGAAUGGGCCAUCUUACAAAAUGCUAUUGAAGAACGAAAGGGCCCACGACAUGGAUGUAAAUUCAGUGCAAUGGAAUCCCAAGGAUCCUGGACUUCUAGCUUCGGCGAGCGAUGACGGGACUGUAAAGAUAUGGGAAUUUGCUGUAGUUUCCUAAUAAUUUGCCCAUCUUUGUGUUCUAUAUUUAUGCUUUUUUCAUGUACGCAUGCGGGCAUGUAUUUGUGGAAAGUGUAGAAUACUUCAAUGAGUCGAGCUUUGGAAAAUUUUAACAUUGGUAAAAAGAUGGUUGUUAUCUGAGCAUUGGCUAUGUUUUUGACCACUUCAAAAAAUAAUAUCUGUGCAGUGGGCCACUUAGAAAUGGGAAAGGAUCCAAUUGAUAUUGUU